AAAAUCAAUGUUUAAGUCAACUUAUUAUUUGUGAACUGUUUGGAGUGGUUUUUUCCUGUGCUUGGAUUCCGUCUCCAGUGUGAAUGGUUUGAAGAUUGUCCUAGCCCAGUGUAAACGCUGUGACCUAUGAAUGACUUUUCAACAUGAAUUACACAGAGUCCAGCCCAUUGGCAGAAUCAACUCUAGCAGGUUUUAACUCUGAGUUGGGAAGCGUCACACCUGUGCCUUCCAAUGAGACCACUUGUGAGAACUGGAGAGAGGUCCAUCAUCUGGUGUUUCAUGUAGCAAACAUUUGUUUAGCAGUUGGUUUGGUGAUUCCAACCACUCUUCGCCUCCACAUGAUCCUUCUUAGAGGGAUGUUGUCUAUAGGGUGUACCCUUUAUGUAGUCUGGGCCACUCUCUACCGAUGUGCCUUGGAUAUAAUGAUCUGGAACUCGGUGUUCUUGGGCAUCAAUAUUUUGCAUCUUUCAUAUCUUUUGUACAAGAAAAGACCGGUCAAGAUCGAAAAGGAGCUGGGUGGUGUCUACCACCGACUGUUUGAGCCACUCCGUGUCCCUCCUGACUUGUUCAGAAGGUUAACUGGACAGUUUUGUAUGAUCCAGACCUUGAAAAAGGGCCAGACGUACGCCACAGAGGAUAAAACCUCAGUUGAUGAUCGUCUUAGUAUUCUCCUGAAGGGUAGGAUGAAGGUCUCCUAUCGAGGACAUUUUCUGCAUAACAUCUACCCCUGUGCCUUUAUCGAUUCCCCAGAAUUCAGAUCAACCCAGAUGCACAAAGGGGAGAAGUUCCAGGUCACCAUUGUUGCAGAUGAUAACUGCAGGUUUUUAUGCUGGUCAAGAGAAAGACUGACUUACUUUCUGGAGUCAGAGCCUUUUCUGUACGAAAUUUUUAGAUAUCUUAUAGGAAAAGACAUAACAAAUAAACUCUACUCACUGAAUGAUCCUACCUUAAAUGAUAAAAAAGUGAAGAAGCUGGAGCCGCAGAUGAGCCUGUGCACACAGAUCACCAUGCUGGAGAUGAGGAACAGCAUCACCAGCUCCAGUGACGGCGAGGACGGCCUCCACCACUUUCUGCGGAGCUCGUCCAGCACCUCUUCUCUCCCUGUGUCCUCCCCGGGGCAUCGAGCCUCUGCCAAGAUGAAGCCGAUAGAGGAAGGGGCAGAAGAUGACGAUGAGGUCUUUGUGCAGGUGUCUGCAGAUACACCUAACACCCAUCGGUUGCGCUGAUGGGCAUUUGAGUGAGCAACAUGGGAGCUUCCUGAGGAGAAGUGCCGCGCUCUGCCGUGACUUUUGGGUGGUUUGCUUCUGUCCUGCCAGAUGGAAAGUGAGGAAGGGCCGUGGUCAGAAGGUGUGUGCUGCUUGCCCUGGCGCUCAGCUCCUUAAGUUAGCUGAGCCUUCUGACUAGGCCUUGCUCUAUUUUGAGAUACGUAUUUUCUCAGUAGAUAUAUUGAUAUUUUAACUAAUCUUAUAGCUGUCAACACAAAUGCCUUUUCACUUAUUUUUCUAAGUGUGGCUCCUUUUUUCUCACAUGCAUUUUUUUUUCUCUGUCAUGGUAAUUUAGAACGAGUUGUUCUUUUGAUCAUUUUAACAAUGUAAGUCGAAAUUGAGGUUGACAUGACAUUAAAAACUUUACCUUUU